AUGAGUUACCUCUGCCGCAGCUCCUUCUCGUGCUCCACCCAGAAGUUGGCACACUGCCUAUGCCCCCAGAACUCGAUCCACCACUCACCGAAACUGUCUUCAACUUCAUAGUCCACCUUGGCGACCCGUUCAUCUCGCUUCAGUCCGCAGACAACGCAUGCUUUUGGGGCGGUUGGUACAUUCUUUACCGCGGUGACAGCCAUGUUUGUAGCAAGCUCGGGAAUCUUGAGGUUUUCAUGAUGAGCACUGUUCAUUGCCGCGACAACGCCCCGUAGCCUACCGACUUGCUUCUUCCAAACCUCGAUGACCUCGGCUACUUCUUGCUCUUCACGGAUAGACUGAGUCUUAUCUAUACCGGCCAGUUUCAUGCCUGGUUUCCCGCCUGCAACCGCAGCAGAGAUGGUCAUGCUUUGUGAUAGGAACUUGUCCCUGUGCCAACGCUGCUUCCGACCUGCUAUUAAUCUUGACACGACCGUGGCUAAAGCUAGGUAGCCUUUAAUGAAAAAGAGGGUCUGGGCGGAGCCGAUGAUCCGUUGGUAGCCUGGGGAGGUGGUUGAUAGAGUAAGGAGAGGUUUGAGAAGGGUCGUUGUGGCAAGAUCGAGUAGUUGAGGACAAAGUGAGAGAAGAACCGAAGGUGGAGGAAUGUUGGUCGGGGGAGGACCGCGAGGUUCGUGUGAUGGCGUUGGUGGUGCCGGUGGAUUGCUAUGUUGAGGGGCCUUUUCUUCUGUUGCUCCCCAGUCUUGCCAUUCCCACUCUGAAUUUGUCGUUGGGGCUGGGGCUGGCUUGGAUUUCGAGGUUGUCUUGAUUUGGGGCUGUGAAGCUGGUUUGAUGGCGGGUUUUGUGGUGGUAUCUGGGAUGUCUUUGAACUCCUCCCACUUGUUGCCAAAGCCGCCACCAACCUCAGGCCAUGCUGUAAUAGGAGAUGGCGAAGCUUGAUUCACUUCCUGGAUGUUGCGUACUCCUGUGGGCGGUUUUACUUGAAGUUCCUUCACAAGAUCGGGCUUGCGGUCAUGAAAAGAUGAUCCGUAGGGUGACUUUGGUGCCUUCGGGUAAGCUGAAGGACUCCCCUGGAAAGCCGCGUUGGAAAGAGACAACCCCGGAGGUGCUUUCUUAGAUGAUGGGGCCGGGUCCACGUCUAGCCCAAGCAAGUCGUCUGGAGGUUUUGCGGUGGUGGGCUCUAUUACAGGGGCAGGCACAGCCUCAAAAUCACCAAAGUCAUCCUCAUUGAUGUCCCCAUUCUCCGCUUCAAAAUCGGCAUCAAAGAGCACAUCACGGUCCGGGUUUCUCUUCGGUUUAUGCGAGUCCUCCAGUCCAAGGUUGAACAGUUGAUUGCCCAUCAAGUCCAUGGUCGAUGCCCUGGUGACACGGGUUCUAGAUGGUGGGCUGGUGAUAUUUGUCAGUGGAGCCGGAGGCUGUGGCGGAUCGGCUGGCUUCGUUGCAGCCUCAAAGUCCCCCCAGUCAUCUUCAUCCUCCUGGUCAUCUUGUCCUGCUGUGGAUGUUUUUGGAGGCGCUUGUGUUGUCGUACUCUGGCGUUGGAAGCCCCCCGAUCCACCCAAAUCACCCCAGACAUUGCUGUUAUUGGUCUGAGGAUGACCGAACUGAGCUGACGCAAAAGAGCUUCCUUGUGUCGGUGCCAGCUGCUGAAUAGGCGGCCAUGGUGCGGAUUGCUGGCUAAUUUGAGCUUGCGUUUGCGGUUGAGCCGGUGAAGCGAAGUCCAAAAAGGAGAGGGAGUCCUGAGCUGGCUUUGGCUGUUGCUGCUGAGGUGCUGUGCUUGAUGGCGUGUCUGCGAAAGCCGCAAAGAGAUCGGCCGACAUUAUCAAAGUUUAUCCUUAUGUGGUUUCUUCAUACAAAAUCUAAAGUGUAAGGUAGUUGUCGUUGGGGUGGCUGUUGGACGUCACUUCGAAGGACAGGGUUAGAAGAGGCUCGAAGAUUGGCGAGGUGGGGCUCACUGACAGGAUCGCUGCAAGGUCCCCUCUCUGGACCCUGGUAUCUCGAAAGCUUAAACAACAGAUGGUGGGAGAAAUUGAUGACUCACGGCUUUAUCGUGAUAUCUUCUCAAGAUGAGGCUCUUCGAGUCUCUUGGUUGGGCAGCCUGGAGUUAUCUCUGCAACAGGUUCAGAGUUCACGAAUUGGAUGGCCAACGAUGCGGCGACGUCCAGACAGGAGGCUUGGGAACAGGGGGCUGAUAUCCAUGCCAUGCGCCACAUGAUUGGCUGGGAAAUGUGCCCCACAUUCAGCUACCACUGACAACGUUCCUUGUGCUCACCACCAGGAUCAUUACCCUUGUUUCCUACACAUGAUGAAUAGCUCACGAGUUUUAUGAUACAUAUAAAAGAGCCUUGCCAUUGAAGCCAUCUCAAAAGACGUCCAAAAAACAAGUAGACGGAUGUUGGGAAGCUUGAAGAGCAUGUUGAGCGUGCAUUAUGAGGUCACCAGCCGAAACAAAAUUGAGGUGGGAGGAGACAUUCAAGCAUGGGACCAGGAUAUCUGACCUCCAACGGGCCAUCAAAUUCAACGGUCCAGAGAGUCCAUGCGUAGCUGGCCUACGCUCUCUCUGUUGGAAGGGCUUCCUGCUAUUCCCGCACGCUCCCGCUGAAGAAUGGCCUCAACUUUUGCGCCAACUUCGAGACUCAUAUGAUACCCUGUGCGAACAGCAUCUCAAAUUUAUCAGGCACCCCGAACAACUAGCCGCCCUAUCCUUCGAUCCCCUUGCAGACGAUCCCGACUCUCCUUGGAUCACUGUGCGCAAAGAUGAAGCCAUCCGCGCCGAGAUCCAGCAAGAUGUCUCGCGGCUUCCCGACGAUCCAUUCUACCACCAGGAGGUCAUUCAGACCAUGAUUCUGGAUAUCCUGUUCCUCUACUGCAAACUCAACCCUUCCGCCGGCGGGUACCGUCAGGGAAUGCACGAGUUACUUGCGCCAAUUGUCUAUUUCGUUGCGCAGGACUCGGUGGACGGCAAGCAGUCUUCAACGGUUGAUACUCUCGAUCCUACGAUAGUGGAAUUGUUGGACGCUUCUCAGGUCGAGCAUGACUCCUUUGCCUUGUUCUCCAAGGUUAUGGACCGUGCUGGCGCUUUUUACGAGGUUGAGCAAAACACAAUCGUCGAAAAAAGCAAAUACAUCCAUGAAGUUGCCUUGCUCAAAAUUGAUGAGGAACUUGCGAACCAUUUGCGAGACAUUGAAGUUCUGCCGCAAAUAUUCUUGAUACGAUGGAUACGCCUCCUUUUUGGAAGAGAGUUUCCCUUUGAACAAACCAUGAUAUUAUGGGAUGCCAUCUUUGCCUUUGAUCCCAACUUGGAGAUGAUAGAUCUCAUAUGCGUAGCUAUGCUUCUCAGGAUCAGAUGGACGCUCCUCGAAGCUGAUUACUCGGUGGCACUUCAGCUGCUUCUGAAAUAUCCAGCCCCUCCACCACCGCACGGUCCUCACACCUUUGUCGACGAUGCUUUAUAUUUGCAGAAACACUUUGAUGCCACGGGCGGUGUCGCACUAAUCACGAAAUACAGCGGUAGACUGCCUGCGGCAGCAUCAGUGGCAUCAACACCAACCUCGACCCCUGCACGGUCAUCCACCCCAUCAUUUUCAGGCUUUGGUUCACUCCGACAAAGAACUCUCGGUACCAGGUCACCGUUAUCUUCCACGACAAAACUCUUGCAGCAACCGGGUGGUGUGGAGGCUAUCCUGCGCGGUGCUGCCAAAAAUGUCAUUGAGAAAAGCGAAAAACUCGGACUUAACGAUGCUGUCCGUGACGCUGUUGGGGAAAUACGUCGCAACAUGCAAGGCUUUCAAGAGUCUCGAAGUUCGCCCAGAAUCAACAGAUCACUGUUUCCCGGAAACACUCUGGCUGUUUCCAUUUGGGAGCAGAGGAAUCGUCAGUUAGCAAUCAUGUUGGAAGAGUCAAUCACAAACCUCAAACAGCUGGUGGCCUCUGACUUUGAGGGCGACAAGCAGAAACAGCUCGAGACAGUGGAACUUGCCACGGCCAAGAUCCAGUACGUGAAGGCCUGCUUGGAGGAUUCCACGCUGGAUUUGCCGGAGGAAGAACCUCCGACGCUGGCAACAUUGAGCAUUUCCACCCUCCCCGAAAUCAGAUCGCCGACGGUUGCGUUGGAUACCACACCGGUGGUUAUGACAUCAUCCGCCGUUGAAGAAGCCAGAAGUUCACUCUCGUCGCCGGCUUCAUCGGAUAGAAGCAAGCAGCUGUCGUCGGUGCCGGAGGAGCCACAUGUUGAACCUGUUGCGGAGGAAAUGGUUGACAAGAUGGAUACUGAUCCACCAGAAAGAAAACAAACACCACCGCCACCAGCCCCAGCCCCUGUCCCCAACCCAGAACCGUCGCCUUCUGUUGGACAGACCCCUGCAACUAGCCCGACCCCUAAGGAGCGCCCGAAAGGACCGAUACCUACACGGUCAACCUUGGCUCAGUCCUCUUUUGCGUGGAUGUUGGAGCCAGACACUACAGUAUCAGCUGCUCGGUCGCCGCCGAGUAGGCCUCUGAGCAGCAGUGGAAAGAAGAAGCACAACCCCAGCCGGGAAAAGAACGCGUUCUUGUUUGGAGAAGUGGUUCCGAGUGAUGGAGCGGCAGGGGAAAGGACAGUAUCACCAGACGAGAUCUUUGGACUGCAGCCGAUCAGGAAGGGCUGA